AAGUGGUUCUUCAGUUAAGAACGAGAACCUCACAUAUUACGGAAGUUGUCGAGAAAAUUUUUAAAAUGCGUGCUGUAUUAUCGUUGUGUUUAACUCUAUUCAUUAAAAUAGCUUUGUGCUCUCACUAUGAAGAUGAUUAUAAUGUUGACAGUGCUAAACAAUUAAAAUCGCCGAAAUUUUGGAUUGCAGACGGACAAAGAACUCUAUACGAAAGGUUGAGAACAUAUAAAAAUGAAAAUGUUGCUAAAAAUAUUAUAUUCUUUCUUGGGGAUGGUAUGGGUGUUGCAACUGUGACGGCUAGCCGUAUAUUUGAAGCACAAAUAAGGGGCAAAGUUGGUGAAAGAAAUGAACUCUCUUUUGAACGAUUUCCACAUCUUGCUCUCUCAAAAACCUAUUGUACCGAUCAACAAGUGGCGGAUUCUGCUUGUAGUGCUACAGCAUAUCUUACUGGUGUUAAGGCAAAUUAUAAUACAAUCGGUGUUACUGCAAAUGUGACAUUAAAUGAUUGUGCAGCAGCACGUGAUCCGAUAAAUCAAUUAAGUUCCAUUGCUCGUUGGGCAGCUGAGAGUGGUAAGGCUACUGGUAUAGUAACAACAACACGUGUUACACAUGCUAGUCCAGCUGGUACAUAUGCAUAUACAUCGAAUCGAGACUUUGAAAGCGAUGCGGAUGUUAAAAAAAAAAAUUUAGAUCCAGCGAAAUGUGAAGAUAUUGCAUCACAACUUGUUGGCUAUGGUUCCAUGAACGUUAUAUUAGGAGGGGGUUCAUCUAAGUUCUUACCAACUUGCGCAAAGGAUGGUAUGGGUAACUCUGGUGAAAGAUUAGAUGGUAGGAAUUUAAUAGCAGAAUGGGCCAUGAGAAAGUAUGGAAAUGCAAAAGUUGUUUAUAAUAGAACAGAUCUUCUAAAUACGAAUACUCAAUAUACUGACAAUUUAUUGGGAUUGUUUAGCAAAAGUCAUUUAGAUUAUCAUUUGGAUAACAAUAAAAACGAGCCAUCCCUUGAAGAAAUGACAGAAACGGCGAUCAAUAUAUUAAGAAGAAAUAAGAACGGUUUCUUCUUAUUUGUUGAAGGUGGAAAAAUUGAUCUUGCACAUCAUCUUACUAUGGCAGCAAAAGCAUUAGACGAAACUGUAGAAUUUCAUAAGGCAAUUAAAAAAGCAGAAACAUUAUUAUACUCAGACGAUACACUAAUUAUUGUUACUGCCGAUCAUAGUCACACCAUGACCAUAAGCGGUGAUUCUAAAAUUGAUAACGGUAUUCUGGCUCCAGCUACACAAAAUAGUGAUGUUGAUAAACAACCUUAUACAUCACUUUCAUAUGCAAAUGGACCAGUGGCCUCUGACUUUACCGAAGUGAAAGGAAACAAAGUUCAACGUGUUGAUAUAACUAAAUUGAAAAAUUUCGGUAAAGCAAAUUUUCAAUACCCACAUUGUGUUCCGUUAUCAGAGGAAAGCCAUAGUGGCACCGAUGUCGCAAUUUAUGCGAAAGGUCCAUGGUCUCAUCUGUUUUCCGGAGUUAUGGAACAAAGUGCAAUACCAAUAUUGAUGGCAUAUGCUGCUUGUAUUGGACCGGGAAUCCAUGCAUGUUCUUCUUCUGCUUCUUCUUAUGCAUCGUAUGAAUAAAUAUGAAAUAUUUGUAAUUUA